CAAAACACAAAACAAACGGGUGAACAAAAAGGCAGGAUUUUUGUUCCUGCUGUGCGUUGUAGGUGCUUUUUCCAACCAUUUUCCCGGUUUAAUGUGCUGUAUUGGGAGAGUGUGAUAAGUGGACAUUUUUCAAGCCGUAUCCUGACCCCGAAUGUGGCUGCCAUUAGGAUGAAAGUCACGGUUAAAAGUUGGAUGGGUGUCGCUGUCUGGAAAUGGUUGGCCAACGAUGACAACUGCGGCAUCUGUCGUAUGGCGUUCGAGGGCUGCUGUCCGGAUUGCACGCUGCCCGGUGACGAUUGUCCGCUCGUGUGGGGCGCCUGUUCCCAUUGCUUCCACAUGCACUGCAUCGUAAAGUGGCUGAACUCGCAAGCGAACCAACAGUGUCCGAUGUGCCGACAGGCGUGGAAAUUCAACGACAAGUAGGGUGCCCAACGACCAGCUCCGUUGACGCAACGCAGGUGUUGAAGCGAUAAUAAUAAUUCUAAUCUAAAGAUAAUAGUUAUGACCACACGGACUAGUUUUGCAAAGGAACAUGAUUAAGUGACAAUCCACUUUCGGGCAGUAGCGGGCGAAAGUGCACGAGGUGUUAGGAAAAGGUGUACGCCAUAGAAUUAGUACAGUGUAACGCAGGGCAAGUGCAGUGCUGUGUGCUCAAUAUUGGCCAUAUAGAAUAGAAUCCGUAUCAGGUGCUCGUGUUGCCCUUGCGUGUGUUUGUGCGCCUAAUGAGUUUCAAGCAUUGUGCAAAUUGUUUGCAGAAACACAGGCAUUUCUUAGAAAAAAGUGCUAUUAGUGCAGUGGUACGCAUAAAAAUAUUCCAUAGUAUCCUUAAGCGUGAUUUACUACGUCUGUUCCUAGAAGUUUUCUUGAGCAAAAUCAGCAGCAGCGAUAUCGGAAAGAUACAAUAAAGGAAAAAGAUAAUUAUGUGAGCGUCACAGUCAAGGCGCAAAGUCGUUGGGCCUUACUGCAACAUCAUGCUGUUAGAAGCAGUAUAUAAAUAUAAAAGGAAGAAUUUCCCGAGGGGACCGAAUUGCGGAUUUUUGUUAAAUUAGCACACACAGGCACGAUACUAGACGCCAGAAUGCAUCUCUUAUCUGUGGCUGGUCUUUGUGUGUUAAAAAUAACAAAGAAUGUGCCGAUGACGAGUGCAUCGGUGCAGUUUCAUCGUUUAAGGUGCCUU